UAUGACUGGGUCUCAUGGCCGUCCUCCUCAGACGUGGGCUCUCGGUGGCCUUGCAUCGCGCUGUCUGCGUCUCAGUGUGCCGCCCUGCGCUGCGUUCUGCUGCUCUAGCCCAGUCCUCGGUGUAGCCCUGCUGAGGGGCAUUUGUAUCUAGUGGUGGGUGGCGUGCCUCUGUCCAGCAGCCAUGUCGGGCUUCAAUCUGCUGCAUCUAAUAACCAAGAGUCAGCCUGUAACUCUGAGGUCCUGCAGUCUUCCCUCAGGAGCAUGUAGGACCAAGAAGACAUGGCCGGUGAGAUUCCCUCAGGAGGAGUUGAGGGAACGUCUCACUCCCAAGCAGUUCCAUGUGACUCAGGAAAGAGGAACUGAGAGUGCGUUCACUGGUGAAUUCACACAUCACAAAGACGAGGGCACCUACACUUGUGUUGUCUGUGGGACUCAGCUGUUCAGCUCAAAGACUAAAUUUGACUCUGGAUCAGGUUGGCCAUCCUUCUUUGACCUGGUGAAGGAGGAGUCUGUGACACUGACAGAUGAUUUCUCCUACGGGAUGCACAGAGUGGAGGCCACCUGCAACCAGUGCGGAGCUCAUCUGGGACACCUGUUUGAUGAUGGACCAAAACCCACAGGGAAGCGCUACUGCAUUAACUCCGCCUCGCUGGCCUUCCAGCCCGAAGACACGGCCUCCUCCAGCUCCAGCCCCGCGGCCGAGGGCGGAGCUGCCGGCAGCUCAGCGAGCGACGGGAAGACGGAGCUCUGAACGACCCCCUCGGCCUGCCGACUGUCCGCGUGCGAGUCCGAACGUUCUCUUAACAUAGAAAUACUUCACAAAGUACAGACGCAGUGAGGUGAUUGUGUUGCAGAGAGAAGAAAAGUCCUCUAGUUUAAGACACAGGCCAAAUACUCCAAAUAAUCUGUCACAAGGGAAAGUGCAUGUUUCCUAAACAACUGCAACACACACACACACACUCUGCAUUAAUUGUUUGCCUUAAAAGAAUCAGUUGGUAUUUGUCAACCUGGGUGUUGCACACGUUUCUCUGUUGUCAUGAGGGGAGCAGGAGGAGGUUGUGUUUCUGCCGCAGAACCUUCAGCCAUAGUUCAGGGACGACUUCCUGUGUUUCCGUUGAGCUUCUGCUUCUUACACCAUGUCACAGUGUCCUCGCUGAAUUAUGGACCCCCCCCCCAACAACAUCUACGUCGACAAAUACUUAAACUCCUCCCUUUAAUUAUCCAGCUCUGGGUUUUAGCAUCUGCUCUGCCAGUUUAUAUCUGGAUGAAGUGCUGUGUUCUAGACAAACACACAUGUAUAUACACAGUAAAUAUAGAUUACUAUAUUAAAGUGUUUGAUACUCAGUUCAGUUAAUUACAUCACCUAUGCAAGUGCUCGUGUCAGCAGUGACAGAAGGAAUCUUUUUGUGGAAAAUAAUGUAGCGUGGCCUCCGGGUCACUUCCUGUAUUUGUUCCUUCUUUAUUCCUUUGCUUUAGGAAAUAUUUUCAGCUUGUAUUAAAACAGUUAUUGGAUGAAUAAAAUAUCUUGAAACAC